AUGAACGGCCAUUUUGCUGCCGUCGGCGAUGCGCCGGGCGGCGCCGAGCACUACGAGCAUGGCAUUCAGGUUAUCGAUGAGGACAAGCAGUUCAACAAAAACGUGAACGAAUACCUCCAUGAGACGCAUGUUGCCGAAGCUGGCUUCAACUAUCACCUCAUUUCCGUCUUCGGCUCUCAGUCGACAGGAAAGUCAACCCUCCUCAACCAUCUGUUCGGCACCGAGUUCAGCGUCAUGUCGGAGACGGAAAGGCGGCAGACUACGAAAGGAAUAUGGAUGUCAAAGAACAAGAAAGAGUUGUCCGAGGGCUCCGAGGGCAAGAUAGCAGAGAACAUUCUCGUCAUGGACGUCGAGGGUACGGACGGCCGUGAAAGAGGUGAAGAUCAGGAUUUCGAGCGCAAGAGCGCUCUCUUUGCGCUGGCUACAAGUGAAGUCCUCAUUGUCAAUAUCUGGGAGCAUCAAGUCGGACUGUAUCAAGGCGCAAACAUGGGUUUGCUCAAGACCGUGUUUGAGGUCAAUCUGCAGCUGUUCCUCAAAGACAAACAGUCGAACCCCAGAUCGCUCUUGUUCUUCGUCAUUCGUGAUCACUUGGGCACAACACCUCUUGCUAAUCUACGAAACACGCUAACACAAGAUCUCACAAAAAUCUGGACUUCCAUUUCGAAACCACAGGGCCUCGAGAAUUCCAAGAUUGACGAUUACUUUGACUUCGCCUUCGCAGCUCUUCCCCACAAGAUUCUUCAACCCGACAAGUUCAUCGCUGGUGUUGACAAGCUCCGAGGCCGCUUUGGUACAGGUCACCGCUCCACCAAGGAUCAAGAGUUCGAAGGUGGUGUGUUCCUUGCUGAGUACCACCGUAGGAUACCUGCAGAUGGCUUUUCGGUUUACGCGGAGGGCAUCUGGGACCAGAUUGUGAACAACAAAGAUCUAGAUUUGCCCACCCAGCAAGAGCUUCUCGCCCAGUUCCGGUGCGAUGAGAUUGCAAGAGAGGUGCUUGUGGGCUUCGACGAGAAGGUCAAGCCGCUGGAAGAACAACAAGCCGAAGCUGUACGGCUGGGUAAACCGACUGUGCUGCCUGACUUGGGAUCGAUCGGCAAGGAAGCCCGCGAGAAAUGCAUCAAGGCCUUCGAAACGCAAGCUAGCAGAUACCACAAGGGCGUCUAUAAGCGAAAGCGCGUGGAGCUGGAGGAAAAGAUCGACUCCCAACUCAAGGCUCUGUACCAGGGACAACUGUCUGCUGCUCACAAGGCAGGUGUCGCUGCCUUCACCGAGGCAGUCACAGCUGCGGUCAAGGCGGGCCAAAAGGCUGGUGGACACUACGAGUUCGCCGAGAUUGUUGAAAAGCAGAAGAAGAAGACCAUGGAGAUCUACAAGAAAGAGGCGCAAAGCCUUGCCAUCGAAGGGCUUUCAUGGACAAACUUUAAGCCACAGUAUCUGCUCUUCGGCAAAGAGCUUGAUGAAGUUGGCUCCAGACUACGUAAAGAAGAGCUGCGUCGCUUAGCGACCAGAGUCGACCGUUGGGUCAGGUCCAGACUUGGAGAGGCCAUCGGUCUCGAGUUCAACAAGCUUGGAUCCGGUCGUGCUGGAAACGGCGCACCGGAAGACGGUGAAAAGCCACCUUCAGAAAAGGAUCUGUGGGACCGUAUCUGGAACGUCUUUAUCUCCAUUGCCAAGGAAGCUCAAGACCGCUUCGCUGACAGAGCUAAGAGCCUGGAGGCUAGUGAGGAAGAAGUGGAAGUUGGCUUGUGGAGACUACGACGCAAGAGCUGGAUUGCCCUCAGGGAGAAGAUCGAAGAGGAAGUCAUGGAAGGUAAUAUCCUGCUGAAGCUUCGUGAGAAUUUCGAGGAUAAGUUCCGAUAUGACGAGGCUGGUGUUCCCAGGAUCUGGCGGCCCAGCGAUGAUAUCGAGGGCAUCUACACAAAAGCAAGAGAGUCGACACUUACGCUCAUUCCUCUGUUGUCUAGAUUCAGGUUGUCUGAAACCUAUGGCCCUCCUGAUCUCCCUGCAUUUGUUGGAACUCAGCCCAGUGCCGCCGAGCCGGGUGAUGAAGAGGAUAUGACCCCGAUUGGCGGCGUUGAUGAGGAGGAAGGCAAGAGCCUGGAAGAGGAGACGACUGUGUUGAGCGAGAGCAAGCGUCAAGACCUUGUCAUCCGCUUCAAGAAGACUGCAGAUGGUGUUUACGUUGAAGCCAAGCGUAGCGCGAUUGGAGGAAUUACGCAGGUCCCCCUUUACUUCUAUGCGUUGCUCCUAGUGCUUGGGUGGAACGAAAUUUGGAUGGUCUUGCGCAACCCUUUCCUCUUUCUCUUGAUCAUACUGCUUGCCGGAGGCACCUACGUGUCGUAUAAUCUCAACCUCCUAGGGCCUAUGAUGCAAAUGACCAAUGCCGCGGCCCAGCAGGCUGUAGAGAUUGGCAAGCAGCGUCUCCGAGAAUUUUUGGAGAAUUCUGAGACUGGCCGCCAGGUAUUGGCCAUGCCCGCACGAGACAGCGACGCUAUCAGCAUGGAGACUUUGGAUAGCCGGGGGAAGAGAAGGGAGAAUACUGUAGAUGAGGACGACGACAUCUGA